AUGGGGUACUCGCGCGGCAGCAGGGCUGAUUAUGAUGCCUGGGAGGAACUGGGAAACCCGGGCUGGGGCUGGGACGGUUUGCUGCCAUAUUUCCGGAAGAGCACCACCUUCACACCACCGUCGCCGGAGGUUGCGAGGCGAUGGAACAUUACGUGGGACCCGAGUGUGUAUGGGGACGGGCCACUACGCACCCACAUCUCUGACUUUCAAUAUCCCGAUGUGGCGGUUUUCUGGGAUGCGCUCAGAGAACAGCCUGGACUUGAACUACCGCCUGGCGCCAAUGCUGGGGAUGGACCGGGUGCCUUCUGGUCGCCGUUGAGCGUCGACGCGCGCACCAUGACACGCUCUACCGCGCGGUCGGCGUACUACGACCCAGUCAACGCUACCCGGCCUAACCUACGCCUCGUUACCGGCCAGACUGCCACGGAAAUCCUAUUCCACCCCGGCAAGGCUCUGAAAGCCAAGGGCGUGCGCAUUGUCUCACGUUCAGACAACACCACCCGGAGCGUCUAUGCCAGGAAAGAAGUCAUCCUAGCAGCGGGCGCUAUUCAAACCCCCCAGCUCCUCCAAGCCAGCGGCAUCGGUCCCGCUUCCGUGCUAGCAGCAGCCGGGGUAAAGGUCAAAAAGGACCUACCCUCCGUCGGCGCAAACCUACAAGACCACCCCACCACCCUCCUCCUCUUCUCCCUCGCCAACCAAGCCUUCCCCAACCCCGAUACCAUCACCACCAACGCGACCUACAACGCCACCGCCUGGGCCGAAUACCUCGCCCACAAGACCGGCCCCAUCUCCACCGCCAACGGCAACACCAUCGCCUACUACUCUCUUCCCUCCCUACACACCAACACCACCACCACCAACCCCCCCUCAAAAGCCACCACCCUCGCAACCGCCCUCCUCACCCCAAAACGCCACCGCCCACCUCCCCCCUUCUCUACCGCACCUUCCCCUGCCCUCUCCAAGGCUUCCUCGCCCAGCGCGCCCUCCUCGCCCGCGCCUUCACCGAACCCCCACUCCGCCAUCACCUGCCCACCCGCUGCGCGGGAACGGCGCCGCGCCGCUGCCAACCCGGUGGAUGCGGCGAAUGUGGUGGGGAUUGUGAGGCAUGCGCGGCGGUUUUGGGGGGGUGCUGGGGCGAUGGCGCGGCUGGGGCCGGUGGAGAUUGUUCCUGGGGUUGGGGAGGGCGGGGAGCAGACGGAUGAGGAGUUGCUGGAUAGGUUGCGGGCGGAUCGCGGGGUGUUUUGGCCGUCGCUGGCGCAUCCGUGCGGGACGUGCGCGAUGAUACCGGAGGGGUUGGGCGGGUGUGUGGAUGCGGAGUUGAGGGUGUAUGGGGUGAGCGGGCUGAGGGUGGUGGAUGCGAGCGUGAUGCCGCUGAUUGUGGGGUCGGCGCUGCAAGCGACGGUGUAUGCGGUUGCAGAGAAGGCGGCGGACGUUAUUCGGGGGAGGGUGGCGGCUGGGCCUUGA